AUGUCGUAUUACAGUGGUCCUCCGCAAAAUCAACAAGGUGGUUAUUAUGAUCAGCAAGGCCAAAACCAUUAUCCUCAGGGCCAUUCUCCUCAACCACAGCAAGGCUAUUACCCACCAGAGGGCCAGCAGGGCUACGGCCAGCCUCCAUAUGGCCAAGCGCCUCCAUAUGGCCAGUACCAGGAGGGCCACGGCCAGCCUCAAUACGGCCAAGCACCUCCAUACGACCAGCAGCGCCAGGGACACGACCAGUCUCAGUAUGGCCAAGCGCCUCCAUAUGAACAGCAGGGUCACCAGUCUGGCCCGGGUUACCCGGCCCAAGGUGGAGGCGCAAACGCCGACUACUACGGCGGUGCACCUGCACAACAUCAGCAGGGCCAGCCUGGCGCUGUAGGACCAGAGGGUGACAGGGGUCUCGGAUCGACACUGCUGGGUGGUGCCGCUGGUGGCUUCAUGGGUAAUAAGCUUGGUCAUGGUUUCCUCGGUACCGCGGGCGGUGCUGUCUUGGGUGCGGUCGGUAUGAACAUGGCAACCAAUGCGCUUGGAAAGGAGAAGAAGAAGCACAAGAAAGACAAGAAAGACAAGAAGCAUAAGAAGGAUAAGAAGCACAAGCGCAGUAAAUCUAGCUCGAGCAGCUCGAGCAGCUCUGACAGUGACUGA